AUGGCGGCACCAAUGCCAAUGCCAUCUUCCCUGCCGGACAUAGCAAGCCUCUCUUCCUUGGCCGACUCGACUCUUGGCGACGCCCUCGAUCUCCUCUUCGAGCCGACUCGCGACUUGCAUGCCCUCGCCAUACCCACCAUGCGCUCCAUCACCUUCACCUCCUAUCCUGAGCUCAUCGACACCAUCCGCGACCAGCUGCUUACCAUCCAGAGCGCGGUCCAUUCGGACCCCACAGCCAGGCAGCCCCUGCUCAACAUACUCGGGUCCCAUCCCCGGCUGGGCCAGAAGAAGGUAGAGAGUGCGCAGAGUGCGGCGGAGCAGGCCCAGCUAAGGAGCGGCCGUGCCGGGGCCGGCGAAGAAGACGAACUUGCGAGGGUCAACGAAGAGUACGAAGAAAGAUUCCCGGGGCUAAGGUAUGUGGUGUUUGUGAAUGGCAGAGGGAGGGAUGAGAUUAUGCGGAACAUGCGGGAGAGAAUCGAUAGGGGGGACGUCGUACUGGAGGAGCGUGAGGCAAUCGAGGCCAUGUGCGAUAUUGCCAAGGAUCGUGCACGAAAGCUCCAGGCACCCGUGAUCCCCUAA